CAGCGAACGUUAUUAUACGAUGAGUCUGAUCAACUCAGUACUGUUGCGUUAGGCGCGCGCACUACAGUGCGCCGCCAUAGAUCGAGAAAAUUAGGCAUAACCGUGGGAAACUGCAAGAUGCCGCAGUUUUUCGACUGAACGGUGGUGUAAUCUUCUAGAAGGGAGGCGCGUCACAUAGAAGAUUCGUGCGGGCCCGCCUACUGGCUGGGCCCCCGCUGUGAAAAGUAUUUAAAGCACGUAAGGAAGCAUAGAAAAGAUGGAGCAGUUUGAGUCGCUGUUGACGUGCUGCGUCUGUCUAGACCGGUAUCGAAAUCCAAAGUUGCUGCCAUGUCAGCACAGCUUUUGUAUGGAACCGUGUAUGGACGGUCUUGUCGACUACGUUAGGCGACAGGUUAAAUGUCCAGAAUGUCGUGCAGAGCACAGAAUUCCUUACCAAGGCGUUCAAGGAUUUCCAACAAAUGUCACGCUACAAAGGUUCUUAGAACUACAUGCUCAAAUAGCAGGGGAACUACCAGAUCCCACUGCUGGGCAGGUUAUGGAGAGAUGUAAUGUUUGCUCAGAGAAGGCAUACUGUGCGUUAUGUGCUCAUUGCGACAAAAAAGUAUGCGAAGACUGCAAGGCGGCGCACAUGGAAGUCCUCCGUCGAGAAAUCUCAAGAAUUAAUAACCAAAUUCGACGCGGUGUUAAUCGACUUCAAGAUAUAUUAAGUAUAGUCGAACGUAACACAACAAAUCUUCAGACAAACUGCGCUGCAGUAGCCGGUGAGGUGGAUGAGAUACACAAACGAUUGGCAAAAGCAUUGAAAGAUAGAACCGAUUUCCUUAGGAAUGAGGUUGAUAGAUAUCUAGCCACUGAACUUAGAAACCUUACCAAUCUUAAAGAUAAUCUAGAGUUAGAGUUAAGCAAUAUACAAAGUAAUUGUGAUCUCGCUGAUAAGUAUAUGAAUGAUGACGUCGAAUGGGAGGACACUGAACUAGUCGACACUAAAGAGAUUUUCCUAAAAACUGUCGAGUUUCUAAGAAACUUUGAUUAUGAAGCUGGCGACUACAAUCGUAGAAUGCGUUUUAUCAUGACACAUGAUCCUAAUCAGUUAGUGUUACAUGUAGCAAGCUACGGUGAAUUAAAUAUUAGCCAUCCUAAUGUAUAUUCUGGAGGCUUACAACAAAGUCAAGGGCUGACAAGGUCUAAAAGUGAUCAUCGCUUAGCAUCACAGUUCCGACAACAAGAAGAAGCAAAAGGUUAUACAGAAAAUGAUGAACCUAUAUUAGGAGGCCGUAAAUUUGGAGAACGUCGUCCACCCCCACAAGAAAAACAUACAAGAGAUUAUUCUGCAGCUGCUGACGAUUAUAGUGGCUAUGAAUCUGAACAUAGGCCAUCCCGACGAUUCCGGUCACGUUUUGUAAGAAGUCACCAGCAAGAUAAUGACUCUGAUACGGAACAAAAUACCCGUGCAGUCAAAGCUGAACAGCAACAAAAAGAAAAAGAAAAGGUUGCUGAUACUGAAGAUGCCACUCGCGGUCCUCUCAGUGGAAUAUUCAGACUAAGUGACUGUCCACGUGUAAUGCAAAGAAUAUUAGAUGUGGACAGUGGUAAAAAGAAAGAAAAAAAAGAACCUGCACCACCACCUAAACCAGUUCAACCUGCACCUCAAACACGUCGUCCACCACCUAGUGCACAAAGACAACAGAGCGAAGAUGACGAAAUAUCACGUCUUAAACGACAGAACAAGGGUGCAGCUUCAUCUCAAGAACCUGAUCGAACUCCGCAGCGAGCUACUGAUGAAGAACGGAAUUCAAUAACUCGUAAACCACCCACACCAGCUCGGGAGGCGUCCAGUGAUGGUGAAUCCGAUGAAUCUGUUGGAUCUCUACAACGAACACAGCAGCGUAAAAAUACUACACCAGUACAAAAGCCAACAGCGACAGCUAGGAGACCCUCGGCUUCUGAAACAUCUUCCGCACACCGACCGGCCGCCCGCGCUCCUAGUACGGAAUCAAGCGCAUCUACAGAAAGUUCCGGCUCGGCGGUAAAACAUACAGGUGCGAUACUAACUAUUGCUGAAUUGAAGGCAAAAUACAGCAAAGAUGGGCUUCCACCAAAAUCUGGCACUACUUUAUUUUCCGCAGGCAACGAGAGAACAGCACCAGUGACAACGAAUGGAACAGCCGGCGGUGCUCAACGGGUACAGAGUCGUUUUGUUGGCUCUCAGCGGCCGACUCCUGUCUCCGCGCCCGCCGAGCCGGCACACGACGAUUCCGACACAAGUUCCGAAGAAGAGACCGACUCUUCUGAGGAGAGCGAUGAGGAGCCUGCGUCGCAAAGGAAGCCCGAGAGCCAGGCGAUGGCUCGCAGUGACAUAGGUCCACUACUUGCACGAAGCACAAAUGCUCGAAAUGACACCCACGAAUCUAAAACAAAAGAAUCGCCUGCCUCGACUCGAUACCGUUCAAGACAGGCAUCACAACCAGAAGAAGAACCCCCGUCUCGUUACGGUGCUAGUUCUUCAUACAGUAGCCGUUAUGGUAGCAAACCCAAAGAAGAAGAACUAACAUCCUCUAUAGAUGACGAUUCAAAAUACCCAACCGCUCGAUCAAGAUAUCUUGCUUUAAAAGAGAGACGCAAUCGUCUUGCUAGAAGCAAAAGUAGCCACACCGGUUUCGGUGUGGGAGAUGACGAUGAUCCGGAUGAACCAGUUUCCCCGACUACGGCAUCACCUUCAGCGUAUCUCGCGGCUCGAUACGGCUCCGGUACAGGAGGUUCGGAGUUGUCUCGUAGCCGUUCGUCACACGCUUUAAAAUCUAGAGAGAGCUCACCAGAGAGAACGGUUACUGGUGAAAAAGACGGCGCAGCUUUAAGUUCUUGGGCAAGAUACUUAAAGAGCAAAUACGGGUCUCGAGGCAAGGAUAGGGACCCGGGCGGGACGUCAUCGAGCACAUCUCGUCGCCUGUCUCUCGGGCUACCCUUGCGUUCAGCAAAUGAGCUUGCCAGUUCUGAUGACGAUUCAAAAAACGCGGCAGGCUCCCCCAUCUCCCCUACGGCGGCUACAGCAGCGGUAGCAGGUUUCGCAGCAGCAGGUUCCUCCCCUAGGAGCCAGUAUCUGCAGAAACGCCGUUUACAAUUCAGCGUGGGGAGCCGGGGGAGCGAACCCGGAUGUUUUACUUGGCCUCGUGGUAUCGCUGUAGGUCCCGACAAUACAAUGGUCGUGGCUGAUUCUUCAAACCAUCGAGUGCAGGUAUUCGACUCGAACGGCAUAUUCAUGAAAGAGUUCGGCCAAUAUGGCAGUGGUGAAGGAGAGUUCGACUGUCUGGCGGGUGUCGCCGUCAACCGCAUUGGGCAAUACAUCAUUGCGGACAGAUACAAUCAUCGCAUACAGGUCUUCGACCCUCAAGGGCGCUUCUUACGGGCAUUUGGAACUCAAGGUACAGGAGACGGGAAGUUCAACUACCCAUGGGGCAUCACCACGGACGCCCUCGGUUUUAUAUAUGUGUGUGACAAGGAAAACCAUAGAGUGCAGGUAUUUCAAUCUGAUGGCACGUUCGUGGGCAAAUUUGGUUCCUUCGGCUCGAAGUUGGGACAACUCGAGCACCCUCAUUACAUAGCGGUGUCUAGCACCAACCGAGUACUAGUCUCAGACUCUAACAACCACAGAGUCCAGGUCUUCGAUGUGAAUGGACGGGUGCUGUCCUCCUUUGGCGAGGAAGGCUCUGAAGAUGGACAGUUUAAGUUCCCCAGGGGUGUGGCUGUUGACGACCAAGGCUACAUCGUAGUUGCCGAUUCUGGAAAUAAUCGUAUUCAGAUAUUCCAUCCUGAUGGCACGUUCCUCCGAGCCUUCGGAUCUUGGGGAUCUGGGGACGGAGAGUUCAAAGGUCUGGAAGGCAUCGCUGUUAUGUCUGGUGGCAACAUUAUUGUAUGCGAUAGAGAAAACCAUAGAGUACAGGUGUUUUGAGAUGGCCAUCACAUUGUUCAACGAAAGUGCAAAACAGCAUCAGCAGCAUUACUCGUAAUACUCCAUUUCAAAAAUAUUUUUAAGUAUUUUGUUUUUUUUUUUUUUUUUUUUGUAAAUAAUUUGUACAAUCUUUCAAUAUUUGCUAUUUACAAUAUUAUCUCAUUUGCUAUCCUAAACAUGUUUGCGUUCAAAACGUUUCUUUUUGUUAUAUAAAAUUUAAAUAAAAGAAUUUUUUCUUGUAAACUUUUUAUUAAUUUUUCGUCUGACGGAAUUUUAAAAUACGUAAUUGAGUUAGGUCUUGAAGUUAAUCUUGAAAUAAACUUUAUAACAUACAUUAAGUAAAAAAAAUGAUGUAGGUAAGUAAUGUAAAGUAUUGUCUUUAUAUAUUUGAAACCUAGUCAUUAAUCUCUAUUUAUUUAUUUUGGCCCAACUACAGAUGAUUUCUUUUUUUUUUUAAACCAUAAAGAGAUAAAUUAUAAAAAUAAUAAAUAUAAUAAAAAAUAUAAUUUAUAAUUAAUUAAAUACUCAUAUACGAACAACAAUAUAAAUUUUAAUUACAUUUUAAAUAAAAAUAUUUUUUAAAUUUUCGUAAUCACACACUAUAUUCUAAUGUGAUAACUACUGGUUUAAUUUACGUGUACUUAGAUCGAAAAAUCUCGACUAGUUUCACGAUCAAUUUGUGAUCCUUAGUCAUGAGCAUCUGUGAUGUGAGUGCGAGCCUAACAAUUGCGUCACAAUCCAGUAGUUAUUACGUUAAAAAUAUUUUUAUCAAUAAUAAACUACAUUUGUUUAUAAUUGUAUAUAAAAUUUCCUUAGACAAAACUGAAAACAGACUCGCCUCUCGUAGUCAAUCAUUGUCAAGCACUCAAUGUGACAAUUAACACUUAAACAAAUGAACUCCAGUACUUAAUAGAUAGAAAUUCACCAAUAGCAGGCUUAGUACGUCUGCGUUUACAAGAUCUAUGAUCGCGUUACAAAUUGUAACGUAUAAGUCAACAACUUUAAUUAUGUUGUUUCUUUUAUUACUUAAUUAUAUAAUUUUCAAAUAAAAGUUAUAUUAUAAUAAAAAUAUGACUACAAAAUGGCUUUUAUUGUAAUAUAAUUAUAAUUAUUUUAUUUUACUUUUAAUCAGGAUUUUAAAAGGUCAUCACAGUUAGAUUACAGAGACAUUUUGUAACGAAAUUAACACUCAAUUGCAAACAUUUUAUCUCUACGAGUAUUUGAAUCCAAAUGAAUGUUAGUUUGAACUUACAGCCAUACUAUUAUCACCACUCGUAUGAGUAAGACGCAUCAAGAGUUUAUAUAUCAUCUUUGGUACACUCAAAGGAUUCUAAUAUGGCAUGUAUUUUAUUUUACGUUUAUAUAUUUAUAAUCAUCAUCACACCUGAUUUGUAGAUUAUAAUGCGCUACUAUAUUAAUAAUAUCAUAUAUAGUUCAAAUGAUAGCCGUAAACUAUUUGAUAAUAGCGAAGUUCAACAUCAAUAAUAUAUAAAUUAACUUAUAAAAAAAUGAGACUGUAAUGAAAUAUUACACUUUCAACCGAGCUUUGCAAUUGAUAUGAUGUUAGGCAUACGUAACUAUUAUCUGGAACAUUUUUUUCUGAUGUCAGUAUUAGCAAUAAAAAAAGAAUUUAAACUAAUUAAUAAUUUAAAUUAAUAUCAUUGUAACUCAAGAACUUACUAUUAAAAGUACUAUUUGUACUUUAUAUAAAUUUUACUGGUACUUUUGUUUUUACUUACGAGUAUAAAUAUCAAUCAGGAUGAAGUAAAAUUUAUUCUUAAAGUUACUUUCUGAUUUUAUACUCUAAAGUGCUAUCAUUAUAGUAGUUGCACUAUACCGUAUAUUUAUCAAAAUUUCUAUAUUCUCAGUCUUAAAAUAAUGUGACUGGAAACAAUUCCGGUCACAUCGGGUAUGAGAAAUUACUAGAUUUCUCAGAUCGAAACUACGUACUCGAUUUUUCGUAUUCCGCUGUAUUCGCGAUGAUUUAGUAAUCGAGUAGUACCAUAAAGUACGCAAUAAAAUUUUGAUUAUCCCGAGUUAUUUCAGAUAUACAUUCGGGUGUAACAUGGAAAUAUUUAUUCAACGCAUGAACGUAAUAGUUGUAAAAAGAUUGCGAUACAUUUCUUUCGUAUUUCACGUUACAGACGACAACAUAAAACUGAAUGUUACCAUUUGUAGUGAUGUAUAACUUUCUUCAUAUUUUAUAUUGUUGGUCAUAAAAUACAAACAUAGUUUUAAACUCGUGUUUUUUUUUAAACUGAACGUGACGCGAUUAAUAAAUAGUGCUUCAUCAUCAUCAUAUCAGCCGUAACUCUUCACUGCUGAAUAUAGGCUUCCCCUUGAAGGUUUUGCCAGUAGCUGCCACGUUCGGCUAGUGAGUUGGCAACCAUAAUUACGCUUUUGAUGAUGUUUUAAAAACAACGUUGUUUCUCAUCUCUUGAUUAUUAUGUUCCCUUAGUCGCCUCUUACGACACCCAUGGGAAAAGAAGGGGUGGCCCAUUCUAUGCCGGGACCACAUGGCAAAUAGUUCUUAUACACGAAAUAUUACUACGUGUUUGAUUUUAUAAAUUUCAGAUAAGGUCUAUUGUGGUUUUGUUUACUCCCAACUUAACUUAAUUAAUAAAUAUCUUGAGUUCGAAACUGGGCCACAUAUAAUGUUGUUAUUCAAUUUAGAUUUCUGAUUAACACUGUUGUGUUAAUAACACUGUUUACCAGUUAACUUGAUAAAGCAACUGUAAAGAGCUCGAUGCAUUCGUAUUGGAUUCAAAUGCGCUAUAAAAUGUGGGCAAUUUUAGUAGUAUGCCACUACAAUGCAACAAUUGUUUAAUACUUCAGAUGCUCCUAUACAAGUAUUUAGUCACAGAAUAUUUUGUGACUUAGAAGUAAAUGAAUCAAGCGAUAGAUACGGUUUCGUCACCACUCGCAUCUGUAAAGAUAGAUAUCUACACCGUACGGCGGCGAAAACAUCUAUUGAAAAAUUUCUUUGCUGCUUUUUUUAAAAGAUCUGACUUUUAUUUGACUCGACUAUUUAUAAAA